AUGAAUAUAUCGCACCCUAUUGGAACCGAAAUUCACUCGGUCGCUUUCUCAUGCUAUAGCCCUGAAGAAAUACGGAAACUAUCCGUAAAACGGAUUACACAUCCGGAGGUUUUUGAUAAUUUAAACCAGCCAACCACGGGUGGGCUGUACGACUUGGCCUUGGGACCUUUUGAACGCGACGAAAAUCAAGACGAAGCAACUAUCUUACAGCGAGGAAAAUCUGCACCCCAUAGAUAUUUGACACCGACGGAUGUUCGUAAGCAUCUCGAUCUGUUAUUUCAAAAAGAGUCUACACUUUGUUCGUUAUUAUAUGGUCGUCACGGACUGCUUUCAUCGCGAUUUUACCUUCGCGAUAGAUCAAUACACGGAUAUCGUGAUAACAGCAGCAGCAGUAAAUCAAAUACAAUACACGUUAACGCAGAUAUUUUCUUUCUUGAAUUGAUUGCUGUUCCACCAACUCGUUUUCGUCCGAUAUCCGUCGUUGGCGAUAAACAACUGGAAAAUACACAUAAUACACAUUUCAAAAGAAUUCUUAAAGCUUGCGCAAAAUUCUCAAUAAAUGCACAGAACGAUAUCACUAAGAAAAAAGAUGAGGCAGGGAUAGGAGAUUACAAUAGUGCUGAGAAAACAAACAUCAGUAAAAAGGAAAAACUUCAAAGUCUUUUGAAUGCAUGGAAUGAAUUACAAUCUGCUGUCAAUGGGUUAAUUGAUACCACGAAAGCUGCUCACUUAGCUUCUAGAGGGCGACAAAUCUUACCUAGUGGAAUUAAACAAAUCUUGGAGAAAAAAGAGGGUUUAUUUAGGAAACAUAUGAUGGGUAAGCGUGUUAACUAUGCGGCACGUUCAGUAAUUUCUCCUGAUCCGAAUGUAGAAACAUUUGAAAUUGGGAUACCAGUAACUUUUGCUAAAAUUCUGUCGUAUCCCGAACCAGUCACCCAAUACAACAUAAAAGAAAUGCGUGAAGCUGUAAUAAACGGCGCUCAUCAAUGGCCGGGUGCAGUUUCAGUUCAACAUGAAGAUGGAAUGGUUCAAUUAUUAUCACGACUAUCUUUAGAAUCGCGUAUUGCACUUGCCAACCAACUUCUGACUCCACCCGCUAAUCCUUCAAAAUCAAUAUUCGCACUUCCCCCCAAAUCUCCAACCUCAAAUAAAAAAGUGUUACGUCACUUACGCGAUGGUGACAUAUUGCUUUUGAAUCGACAACCGACACUUCAUAAGCCUUCAAUUAUGGCACAUCGGGCUAAAGUGUUGCCUGGUGAGAUGACAAUUCGAAUGCAUUACGCGAAUUGUAAAGCGUAUAAUGCUGAUUUUGACGGGGAUGAAAUGAAUUUGCAUUUCCCACAGAAUGAAAUUGCACGUGCUGAAGCUGAAAUUAUUGGUAACACCAAUGAACAAUAUCUUGAACCUACUUCUGGAUCUCCGUUACGUGGUUUAAUUCAAGAUCAUGUGGUGAUUGGUGUAUGGAUGACAUCGAAAGACACGUUUUUCACAAAGGAGCAGUAUCAUCAGAUACUUUAUAAUGCUCUUAGGCCGGAGGAGAAUUAUGGAACUGUAGCUGUAAAAAUUUUAACAGUUCCUCCUGCUAUACGGAAACCGAAACAAUUGUGGACAGGAAAACAAAUGAUUUCUACAGUGUUAAAGAAUCUAACGUACGGCAUGAUACCACUAAAUCUCACUUCCAAAGCGAAUAUAGCCGUUCGGUAUUGGGGAGGCAGUGCACCAGAAGAGGCGACCGUAAUCUUCAUGGACGGUGAACACUUAACCGGUGUCUUGGAUAAAGGACAAUUUGGUGCAACAGCAUUCGGUCUAGUUCAUGCAUGUUACGAACUGUAUAAUUCUUCAAUUGCUGGUAAAUUACUUAGUAUAUUGGGUCGUCUAUUCACAACUUAUUCACAAUGGCGGGGCUUCUCUUGUCGUAUGGAUGAUUUGAGAUUGACUUCUGAAGGAGAAGAAACUAGACGCAAUUUAAUGCAGAAUACUUCGAAAUAUGGACGAGAUGUUACUUAUAGCUAUGUUGGAUUGAAUCCUGUCGAUGAUAAUAAUAAUAAUAACAUAAAAGAAAAAAAAAGCACAUUAAAAGAAUUCAAAAGUCGGAUAGAAGAAGUAUUCCGUGAUAAUGAAAAACAGCGAGGCUUAGAUGCCUCAAUGAAAUCGAAAAUGAAUAAUUUGACAUCAUCAAUUAUUAAUGAAUGCAUACCUAACAAAUUGCACAUCAAAUUCCCUGCAAAUAAUAUGCAAAUGAUGACUGUCUCGGGUGCAAAAGGAAGCAAUGUAAAUGUCUCGCAAAUUUCUUGUGCUUUAGGUCAACAAGAAUUGGAAGGACGACGUGUACCAGUUAUGGUUAGCGGCAAGACACUGCCUUCUUUUCUUCCAUAUGAGACUGCUCCACGUUCCGGUGGUUUCAUAAGUGGCAGAUUCUUGACUGGAAUUAAACCGCAAGAAUACUUUUUCCAUUGCAUGGCUGGCCGUGAAGGAUUAAUCGAUACAGCUGUGAAAACAAGUCGCUCUGGUUACUUGCAGCGAUGCUUAAUCAAACAUUUGGAAGGCUUACGUGUACAUUACGAUCACACAGUCCGUGACAGUGAUGGAUCUGUAAUUCAGUUUCAUUACGGUGAAGAUUCAUUGGACGUCACCAAACAAAAAUAUCUCUAUCAAUUUAAUUUCAGUGUAGAUAAUUUUGAUGCAUUCUCGAAAAAAUAUCAUAUCGGAAAAUUUGUUCAUGGUAUUGACCAGAAACAAGCUAUAGAAUAUUUGAAAAAAGCGUUACCGAGUCCAGAUAAAUAUGAUCCAGUCUUAUCGGUGUUUACUCCAAGUCGAAAUAUUGGUAGUGUUUCGGAAAAAUUCGAAUCUGAUUUAACUGAGUAUGUUAAAAAAAAUAAAAGGGAGUUAAAAUCACGCUGGAAAAAAAAGAUAUCAAAGGGUGACUUUGGGGCUUUAAUGUAUUUGCGAUAUCUUCAUUCACUUGUCGAACCCGGUGAAUCGGUUGGAGUACUCGCCGCUCAAGGUGUUGGUGAACCAUCCACUCAAAUGACAUUAAACACCUUUCAUUUUGCAGGAUUUGGUGCCAAAAACGUAACACUAGGUAUUCCGCGUCUGCGUGAGAUAAUUAUGACCGCCUCUGCAGAAAUCAAAACCCCAAUGAUGACAUUGCCCUUACUUCCACAUCUUACCGAUGAGUUGGCCGACAAAUUCGCUCGAACCAUUUCUCGAUUAACUUUGGCAGAGGUUGUGGAUAAUGUAACGAUAACUGAGAAAUUAGAAAAUAAGUCCCCAAGAAUAUUCAACAAAACGUAUACGAUAAAGCUUAAUUUUUUCCCUCAAGAAGAAUAUAUGGAGGAAUAUGGAAUUUUACCGGCGUUGAUUCAGGAAGUGAUUGAGGAACGAUUCUUGAAUAUUUUGGAAGCCUCUAUAAAACGAUUGCUUAAAGGAAAAAGCAGCGAAAAAUCAUCCGAAAUAGAUUAUAAGGAAGCAUUAGAAGAUUUUGCUAUACCCUCUCAAAAUAUCGAUAAUUAUAAGCAGACGAAUGUCGAUGAUACAACUGUAGAUAGUGAUGCAGAAUAUGAUUCUGAUAACGGAGACGACGAUGCAACCACUGCAAGAAUUAAUUCAAGACGUAAACAAUUAACGAGCUAUGAAGAACCAGAUGAGGAUGACCUGGAAAUAAUUAGACGAGCCGAUGAAAAUUCUGAUAUUGAAGACGAAUACGCUAAUACAUCAAAGAAAGAUGAAAAGACUGAGGCAGAAACAGAUAUAGAGACGGAAAAUGCAAGAAUCAUAGAGAAAUUAAUAUAUGUCUCUCGAUAUUCUUUUGCUCGGGAUGGUGCUUCCUGUAAAAUUGACUUGAAGUUUCCCCCAAACACACAGAAAAUCUUAUUAUUGGAUAUAGUGGAAAAAAUAUGUAAAGAUAUAUCAUUGAGAGAAAUCAAAGGCAUUAAUAAAUGUUAUUCUAUCGUUAACGAGAAAUCAAAUGAUACUUCGAAAUCACUUGCAACGGAAGGAACAAAUCUUCAAGGUAUCUGGCUAUUCUCUGAAAUAAUCGACAUCAAUAAAAUAUACACGAAUGAUAUCGCCGCGAUGUUAAGAACUUACGGCGUGGAGGCAGCACGCGCGACAAUCAUUAAAGAAAUUUCGAAUGUGUUUGGUGCGUACGGGAUAAAAGUAGAUCUUCGACAUUUAACGUUAAUUGCUGAUUAUAUGACUUUUGAAGGAAAAUAUAAACCAUUUAGUCGCCACGGAAUCGAUUCAAACAUAUCACCGUUCCUCAAAAUGAGCUACGAAACUACGUGUAAUUUCCUAAGAGAAGCUGCACUAUUUGGAGAAUUUGAUACACUUUCUUCGCCUUCUUCGAGAUUGGUCGCUGGAAAAGUAGUCGAAUCUGGUACAGGCGCGUUUAGAAUAUUACAACCUAUCAAUGCCAAUUUCUAG